AGAAUACUGUGAUCGAAUUUGACUGUAGGAUUGGGGGUCUAACGGUUCGCCGCUGUAGUGCCGAUAACAUGAGCUUCAAGACAUCGUAAUAAGCUGACGACCAGUUACAGCAUGAUCGCUGGGUCCGAGGAUGUGUAUGCGUUACCGGCUACAGGCCCAUUUAGUCCGCCAUUUUCGGUUGGGGCCACUGCAGCGGUAGUGGGCGUGCGCCUCUGCCCCUUACCAUGAUGCUGCGGCCCAGAUCCUCAGCUCUGGAUUAAAGGAUUAGGAUCCCUUCCUACGGGCCCCGAGGUUUGCGAUGCUCACUCUAUGCGAAGCAGCCCAUAAGACUACUCUUGCCGCCAGUCAAUAAGAUACUGCAAUCAUUAGCCAAUCACUGUCAAAAUGGACUAUACGUACUUCGCCACACCGCAGCAGCCCUAUCAUCAUUUUAUAGAAGCGCUAUCAGAUAACUUUCCGCACGUUGGGAUCAACUCGGAAACAAAUCGAAGCAUUGAACCUCUCGACGCUUCCAUCUUCCCAGCACCUUACGAUGCAUUUGCAUUUCACGGUCUGCCAACUCCACAACAAGGAUCACCCGAAGCUACAGUACCGCUCACGCCUAUGCCCGUCGGUAGCGUGGAUUCGGGCCUGGGAGGCGACAUAGAUGAAAGCCGGGAUGGCCGGAUGCGCAGCAGCAGUGAAGAGAAGGAGAAUCUCACGCCUGCUCAAAGCAGGCGGAAAGCGCAAAAUAGAGCAGCACAACGAGCAUUCCGCGAGCGCAAGGAGCGGCACGUGAAGGAACUGGAGAACAAACUCUCCGCACUCGAGUCUAGCACACAGUCUCUCCAGUCCGACAAUGAGCGCCUCAAACUCGCAUUACAACGCGCGCAGACUGAAAAUGAGAUUCUGCGUGCAACUGCAGGACAUUCGCCGGCUCCGUCUUGUGCUGUAUCAGUAAGCUAUCCGUCACCAGGCGCGCAUCUCCCAGAUGAGGAUCUCAAUGACAACGAAUAUAACGUCCAAUCACUCCAAAAUGGCAGCGUGAUCAAUGCUGCAGAUAAGGACCAUGCCGCCUCUCGACGCAAGACCAAAGGAAAGGAGAUUCCCGCUGCCCAGGCCUGGGACUUCAUCCAGCAACAUCCUCUCGUCAAACAGGGCCUCGUCGACAUCGCUGAUGUGUGUGAGCGAUUAAAAGGAGCAGCAAAGUGCGAUGGCCAUGGGCCUGUCUUUGAAGAAGAAACGAUAUGGCAGGUCGUAGAGGAGUCGAGACGAAGUGGUGGUGACGAACUCAUUUAA